CCGAAUGUUAAUUGACGCUACGAUUCCGCCAUUGUGAAAUUUGAAUGUGGCCAGGAAGAAGAUUACAAACCAAGUUUACCACGUGAAAGAACUCAUUUCGUCGCCGAGUUUCCUUGCAGCACAUUUAAUAGAUAUCAAAGACUGUUAAUGUGUACAUUUGCAGUCGUUCAAAUUGAGGCUUGUGGGUAGGUCAAGAAGAGUGUUUUUUUUCUGAACGCGCACCUGCUCGAAACUGGCAAACAAUGGCGACCAGCUACAACGUGAGGUUUUAUCAUCACCGGUGAUAUACCGAUCGUCUGACUGCUCAUUAAUCGGAAUAAUUCAAGCGGUUUGUGAUAUUUGUGUUGUGGUCCUCUGCAUAAUCAACAUGUUUAUUGAAACACUAGAGUUCACGAUUCCUGUGGAAUUGUGCAAUGUAUUUUCCUCGCUUCAAAAGGGGCCGACUUCCAAUGUUGAAUUCCCGGCCUCAGUGAACUCAUACGGCACAACGCAAGAUGCCAAUGUGCAGGUUGUGUUACGCUCAAACAAACUAACGUUCAAAGUGGACGGAGUAUCGUCAAAUGCAAGCAUGAUAUCAAAGAGUGAAUGUAAGACUUUAAAACUCUCUGUGUUUGAUGUGGACCGCACAUUAAUGCCUCAAGAAAAUGACAAUGAUAAUUACAAUUCUAAUAAUAUGUCCACAAUACAAACGGUGCAGCAAACAGUAUAUUUGUCACAUCCUGCCAAAAGACUGCAUGAAAGUUCUGUGUCUAUGCCACAGCCGGCUGCAAAAAGCAGUAGGACUUCUUUUUCUGAGUCUCCAAGACCCAGAUCACCUGUUCAUCGUCGUCCACAUUCUCAAAUAAGUUCAAGUCCUUCAAAUCACUCUCAUCAAUCAAAACCCAAAAAUGACACUCCAGUGAAUGUGAAACAAGAACCAGAAGAUCCAGAUUUAAUAGAAAUAGAACCAGACCAUGAUCCUGAUGAUGUUGUGCCAAAGAAAGAGACUCCAUACAUGCAAAUAGAUUAUUCAUCCGAUGUACCUCAUACGCAAACGUCCAAGGCAGCUUUAGAUCGACUCUCUCAUCCACAAUCAUCACAUUCUCAAUCACCCGGUUCUUCAUCAUCGUCCUUCUAUCAAAACGUUCCACAUGUGCCAGAUUACGCCGAACCCAGUACUAGUCAAGCAAGAUAUGGUGACCAAAGUGCAGAUGACUUUUUAGUAUUCCAAGAUGAAAAUGACGACGGCGAUGAUAACGAAGCAGAUUACAGCAAUGACGAAGAGAUAGGCAUCUUCCUACCAGGUUCUAAGGGAAGUGCUCAGUCACCAUAUCCACCUAUUGUGGGAUAUCCAGGCUCACAUACUCAAGCACCACGAUCAGGAUAUAUCCGAAACUUGGCGGCCAAAGAUGCCUAUCAGUGUGAACACUGUGGCAAGAAAUUCACCUCUCAACAGACCAAAAAAUGCCACAUUGAUGCCGUCCAUGACAAUGUGACGUACACGUGUGAAUGUGGGAAGGUGUACAAAUACCCCCGAGGGCUGCGGAGACACAGGAAAGACUGUCUAUGGAAGCAACUUGAUCAGAAAGGGUUUUCUGCACCCAAUGUGAAGUUGAGAGCUGACUUCUGGUCAGAUCUGACCUGUGAUAACAAUUGUUGUUACUGAUACAGAGGAACUGUCAGAAGUGAAGAUGUCGGGGCAUAACUGAAGGAAACUUUAUGCUGAAAUUUCUUCAGUGAGAAUGUUUCUUGCACUCAGUUUGAAUAUGAUGUGGCUGAUCUAUUGAUCUUGGAACUUUCAGUUGAAUUUGGAACUGUCAUGCCACAACUUAAUGGACGUUCAGACAAACCAUCUCAAGCAAAGAUUUCAAGGCGUACCAAAUCUUUGUUGUUGCUUUUGGAGGCACAUUUCCGAGUAUAAAGUUUGGAUCACAAUCAAAAUGAGGAAUCUGGCUGAUGUAUGUGAUCUGGCAGAAUUGUGUGAUCUUCACAUCCACAGAAUAUAAGCCUGGAUGUUGAAAUGAUGCUUAAGUAUGGUGUCGCGUUGUUGGACAUUAGGAGCAGCUGAGCGUAUUACUCUGCACAAUAUUUUGAUGAUUCUCGUACGAUUAUUUGUACUUUAAAGUGGUUGUUUAGUAUAUGAUGUUAUAGCAGAUAAUAUUAAUACAUUGCUCAUGACAGAAGUCCCCGAUCUACUCAUUGACCCUUCUAGGAAGCUGUGAUGUUCAGAUGUCCAACUUGCCAUGUCUGUGCUGCUCAUUGACCCUUCUAGGAAGCUGUGAUGUUCAGAUGUCCAACUUGCCAUGUCUGUGCUGCUCCAUAACCCCAUUACCCAAAGUCAUCUAAUGCUGCGAUGAUCGUAACUGUAAUUCUAUUUUACUUAACCUUACGACAGUUGUAGCAAUAUGAUUGCUUUUGGGAACUAAUAAUAGUAAUAAUAGACUAUUUAUAUGGCACAUAUAUCCAUGUACGUGACAUGCUCAAAGCGCACAAAAUGAAGAGUUCCAGAGUCACUGUAUACAAGUAAGUCAAAGAAGAGAGAUUAUUGGGGGUCACUGAUGAAAAGCUAAUUUGUAGAGGUAUGUCUUGAGUUGGUUCCUGAACGAGGAAAGAUCAGUACAGAGGCGGAGAUGCUCAGGAAGAUUGUUUCAUUCUACAGCAGCAGAGUAGGAGAAGGUUCGGCGUCCAUGUAGGGUUGAUCGUACUUUGGGAACUUUGGAGGAGGUGUUUACUCUGAGACCGCAGAGAUUGAGAAAGCAAAUAUCCUGAUGUUCAGAUUUUCAACUUGCCAUGUCUGUGCUGUUCAAGAUCCUAAUCCCCAAAGUCAUCUAACGCUACGAUGACCGAAACACUAAUUCUUCCAUAAGCGGCUGUCGUAGUAAUAUGAUUGCUUUGUCGAAUUGGGUCCUGUUAUGAAGAAGGGAAUUAAAAUGCUGAGAUAUUCAAAAUCGUAUACUUCAGCAUAACCUUAUGACAGUCGUAGUUGUAUGCGAUCACGUCACGGAACUGUGCCCUGAUGUUUUACAUUAAAGAACUUUGUGCUGCUGAAAUGAUCUCAACAAAUAUAUUGCUGUGGAAAAAACUCUGCACGUCUUCAGUGUCGGUGUUCUUUGGUGUUUUCCAUUUCUGAUGUCCCCCGCCGUGAUAUUGCUGGAAUAUUGCUAAAAGCUGUAAAACCAUACUCACUCACUUUGAUGUUUUGAAAGACAAUCAGUCUGACUGGACUGAUAAUUCAUUAUCACCAAUUUAGUGGUUUCAGCCACUUUGACCCUGAUUGCUGUGGAGUAUGGAGUCUCUUGAAUUAAAGUGAGGUGUGUGUUUCGUUUAAAAAGCUCCAUUUACUGUUUUUCACCCCAAUUCUAUGUCUGUGUUAAUGCUAUACCCAUGUUAGAGGUUUUCGCCAAAGUGAUAAUCGUCUGACACUUGUACCACUUCAAACUCUCCCCUAUCAUUGUUCCAUCUCGUCAUAAUGUAAUUGUAUACUCUGAAAAGCGGUAUCAAACCAGACUCACUCACUCACUAGUAUACUCUAUUACAUUAUGUGACAUUAUUACACUUUUUGUACAUGUAAAAUGUAAUAAAGCUGAAUGCUAUGUAGCAGCAAAAAGAGCAAUGAUAUAAAAUGUGUUGACAGAGAACCAGUUAUUUUAACUUGUACAUCUUCUGAAUAGAAAAUUGAAUCCACAUUGAGCCCCUGAGGCAAUCUGAACUUUUUUUAAUGUUUUCUUGGGGAUGAGACAACCAAGAUUUGGACAUCUGUUGACACAUAUUAUACUGUAGUGUCUUAAUUUACAGGGUGUUUAGAUAAAAGCCAAGGAUGGUGUGAUUCAAGGAUCCAUAAUGUUGCCACCUGGAUUUUAUUUGACUACAUGAGAAGUACUUUAGGUGUAUUUGCAUGAGUUCUCUUCAUCAGUUGAUAGCUGAUGUUCAGUUACAAAAUUGAGUGAGUGAGUUUAGUUUUACGCCACACUCAGCAAUAUUCCAGCUAUAUGGCGGCGGUCUGUAAAUAAUCCAGUCUGGACCAGACAAUCCAGUG